ACGCACUUCCGCUUCCGCUCCGUAAUUCCGGAAAUUGCUUUCUGAGGCGGCGUGCGGGUUGGUGCGGCCUUUGUGAGAUUCCACCAUGGCGUACCGAGGCCAGGGCCAGAAAGUGCAGAAGGUGAUGGUGCAGCCCAUCAACCUCAUCUUCAGAUACUUGCAGAAUAGAUCCCGGAUUCAGGUGUGGCUCUAUGAGCAAGUAAAUAUGCGGAUAGAAGGCUGUAUCAUUGGUUUUGAUGAGUAUAUGAACCUUGUAUUAGAUGAUGCAGAGGAGAUUCAUUCUAAAACAAAGUCAAGAAAACAACUGGGUCGGAUCAUGUUAAAAGGAGAUAAUAUAACUCUGCUACAAAGUGUCUCCAACUAGAAAUGAUCAACGAAGUGAGGACUUGCUGAGAAGACAGUAGUUUGUUCCCUUCGUGGAGAGUAUAGUUCUAAAAAUUUGUUCAUAUUGUUUUGAUUACCGUUAUGUUAUUACUAGUUGGCAAUAAAUGCUAUGGGAUUGUUUUUAUUAAA